GGACACUACUUCCUCGUAGCCAUCUCACAAUCAAAACAUUGUCCGUGCGCAAUGGGUGAGUGUUUAUCUUCAUCCAAACAGGACAUCGUGUAAUCUAACACUUGACGCAAAUAGUCGGGGAGCUCCCCGAACAGCGUUUGUCGCACGAUGCUUCAGCUGAACGACACAGUGGAGCCGGAGAGUCAGGGCGCUGCGAUUCUCCACCCUGCAGAAACCGAGGAGGGGGUCGAGGUUGCUUUCACGCCGCCGGAGGCCGGGCGAAGCCUCGGAUACGGAGCCUCCGUGGCCUGCUGCCCCCCGUUACAGACGCUGACGCCUUUUCAUGUGCAUAACCCCACCAUGCAAGCGAAAGUGAAGGACUAUUUCGUGUUUAGGCCAGGUACCAUUGAGCAGGCUGUGAGCGACAUCAGGACUGUGGCACUCCCUUCAGAGGAUGGAGAGGUGCUCAGCGUCUGGCUGCUAGCUGAAAUCGACCACUGGAACAAUGAGAGGGAGAGACUUGUGCUUAUAACUGAUAGGUCGCUGCUGGUGUGCAAGUACGACUUCAUCAACCUGUUGUGUCAGCAGGUCGUCAGGAUCUCUCUCAACGCUGUAGACACCAUCUCAGUGGGCGAGUUUGAGUUCCCACCCAAAUCCCUCAACAAGAGAGAAGGCUACGGGAUUCGUGUUCAGUGGGACAAACGUCCUCGCGCCUCGUUCCUAAACCGCUGGAACCCCUGGUCCACAGAAAUGCCCUAUGCCACCCUCGCAGAGCACCCCAUGGCCCGCGCUGAUGAGAAGGUGGCCUCCCUCUGCCAGUUGGACAACUUCAGGACCCAACUGGUGCAGGCAGUGAAGAAAGCCCAUAAGGAGCACCCCAUCCCCGGUCGGGCUAACGGUGUCCUGAUCCUGGAGAGACCCCUGCUCAUCGAGACCUAUCUGGGAAUCAUGUCCUUCAUCAACAAUGAAGCAAAGUUGGGCUACUCCAUAACCCGUGGCAAGAUUGGCUUCUAAAUUCCAAGUUUCUCCAAAUUACAACAAAGUUCAACCCAUGUGUCUGUGUUACACUGCGCUGUCGGAGGGAAGCUUCACUACAGUGUAAUGCGCAAUCUGUAUGUGUAAGUUGAGCCCAUGAGAUGUCCACACUUCCUCAAGUUGGUGUUGCAGACAAGUGGUCAGCCUACUGUAGGUAAAUGAUGUGCAGCACUGCAUGGACUGCCUUUGUUUUUUGUUUGUUUUUAGCGCCCCACAGUCCCUUUCCUUCAAAGAGCUGCUCAGAGAUUUGUUAUACCCACGUGGGCAACCAGGAGUGUGUGCCCAUGUGACAUACGUUGGACAGAAAGGACAUAGCAGUUGCAUCAAUUCAUCAGCUUCUUGUAGUCUCACACUCCUUGUUUAACCACUGAUUGUCAAAACUAAUGUGAAGUUUAGACUUUGUUAGAGGAAGGCAAACAUCAUGGUCGUUAUAUCAAGGUUAUGGAUGCAGCGAAAAAAGGCUAGCUAGAGGAGAGCAGUGAAACUGAAACAUUACGAGGACUGCAUCGUUCAGAUCACAGAUGAUCACAAAGUGAUUAUUUUAAUAAAUGUUACUAAUCGGGAAACUGUUGCAGGAUCUGCACUGCUAUACUGAAAAGCUCUGGGAUCAGCAGUGUUGCUUAUGGAAGAAUAACAGCUGGAAUAGCCUAUUCAGCAUCCAUGAAACGUGUUCAGUGGAGAUGAUUAAAUUAAUUGUUGUGACCUUCCUCUCUUAUUGGCCAAUGUUGUGCUCUCCAUGCUUACAUUCGCCUGUCUGUGCUCAGAGCAGGGUCACGUACCACUUUGAGAACUGCGUUAGCUAAUGUAGCUAAAAUGUUCUUGUAUGUUCCAGAUGUUUUAUGCAACUCGUAUUUGUCAGCUGCACUGAACUGUGCAGUGGGAAUAAUGGUUGGGUUACAAAAUGAAAUACAUGCAGACAAAGCUUUGCAUCAGUUCAAUAACCACAAACUGCAUCCUAUAAUACAUUGUUGUGCUACCAAACGGUAACACACCAUAUUUUCAUGCUCAACAAUGUCAAUGAAUAAUUGUGUCCCCAAAUGCCUUUUUCUGGUCUUUACUCGUGCAUGUUCCCUGCACGUUAAGUUUGCAUGACAGAUGUUUUUAAAGGAAUAUCUUACAUGGAUUUGUAAAUACUAAUCAGGUUUUAUUUAUCUGCUGUUAUUUUGUUAACUCUUGAAUGCUUCUAGAAAAUAAAUAUUUCAUUGCCAGUU